AUGGGCUUCACCAGCGCGUGGCUGGAACAGAGCUACGGCCGGUGGCGGGACGCGACCGCCGCCAGGCUCAUCCGAACGGUUUCCUCAGAAAUGUGGUUACUUUUUGAAAUGAGAUGUUCUAAAGGUUCUCAUCGUGACCGCCGGGUCGGCCCUGCUCAGAACCUUGGCCCAUGUCCCUGGCGCCGCGGCUCUAUGGACGGCCAACGUCUUGCUGCUGGCCACGGUGGCCGUCGUCUUCCAGAUCUUCCGACCUCAGAAUGUCGCCGCGAUCCAGGUGAUUCUUUGAAUAUUUUCGAUUUGCUUGUUACUACUGAUUUUUGGGCUGCUAGGUUUCAUUGAUUUUUGGACAUUUUACAUUGAUUUUUCAUGGAUUUUCAUGCUUCCUGAUUGAUUUUAUUGAUUUUUAAGCUUCCUGCCAGAUUUUAUUGAUUUUUGGACGUUUUCCAUGGGUUUUCAUGCUUUCUGAUUAUUUUUAUUGACUUCAAGCUUCCUGCCAGAUUUUAUUGAUUUUUGGACUUUUUCAUUGAUUUUUAAGGCUUCCUGAUUGAUUUUAUUGGUUUUAUUUGAUUAACUGGUCUUCCUGAUAGGUUUUUUGAUUCUAGGACAUUUUUUCUUGAUUUUUAGGCUGUCGUUUGUGGAUUUUUACGUAUUCUGACCGAUGUUAUCGAUUUUUUUUUAGAGGUCCUUGAUGAUUUUGGGCUUCCUGAUUGAUUUUAUUGAUUUUUAGAGAUUUUUCAUUGAUUUUUUUUGUUUCCUUUUUUUUAUUGAUUUUUAGGCUUCCUGAUUGGUUUUCUUGAUUUUUAGAGAUUCUUCAUAGAUUUUUUGAGCUUCCUGAUUUUUGAUGAUAAGAUAUUUUUUUCAUUGAUUUUUUUGAAUCUCCUGCUUGAUUUUUAUUGAUUUUUCAAAGGGUUUUUCAUGGCUUUUUAGGCUCCCUGCUUGGUUUUUUUGAUUUUCGGAUGUUUUUCAUUGAUUUUUUGGGCCUCCUGCUAGGUUUUAUUGAUUUUUAGAAGUUGUUCAUGAUUUUUUAGGCUUCUUGAUUGGUUUUAUCGAUUCAAGGACAUAUUUUAUUGAUUUCAGACAUUUUUCAUGUUCAGUGAAUCGAAAAAAAACAGUUAAAAAAUCAGGUGUGUCGAAAAAACGAUUUUUACGGAAAUUUUGAAAAUUGGUCUUCAUAACCUUUUUUGCUGAAAUUUGUUAAUCGAUGCACCACAUUUUGAGAAAUUUUACUGAACUUGUCAAAAAUUUCGGGGAAUUUCACGCGAUUUUGAAGAAUAAUAUUGAGUUUUGAGGAGUUGAACUGUAUUUUUGGAGGGGUUUAAUCGUUUUCGGGAAAAAUUUUUGAGAAUUGAAUCCAAUUUUGAAAAGUAUUACUGCAUCCGGAAGAUUAUUACUGAAAUUUAAGGGAUUUUACGGAAUUUUAAAAAAAGUUUACUCAGUUUUCAAGAACUUGACAGAUUUUUUUUGGGUUUUACUGAGUUUUUUGGGGAUUUUAUUGGAUUUUGGGAAAUAUUAGAGGUUUUUGAGGGGUUUCACUGAACUUUAGGAAUCAAAACUGAAACUUGAGAAGUUUUACGGAAAUUUGGGACAUUUUACUAAAUUUCAAGGAAUUUUACCGAAUUUUAAGAUUACUGGCUCGGCCAGCACCUCAUAUAAAAUGUUUUUUUUGUGAUCAACUUCAAUAAAAUGUUUCGCUGCUGCAGAUCUCGGCACUCGCCGUCCUGACCCUGGACUUUGUCUUCUGGCUGCCGGGCCACGACGCCCUGCUGCCCGCCCUGCUCGCCAUCAUGGCGACGUACUGGUUCGCGGCGCUGCCCGCCGUCGUCGUCGGCAUGGCGACGUUCGCCCUCACCGCCCUCCAGAUCCUCUGCUUCGUCUCAUUCGUUCAGCCUCUUCAUACCAAUGAGGUGCGAUUUUUUGGGAAUGAAGAGAAGUUGGGAAUGGAAUACUAA